AUGGAAAGAGCCAACAGCACAGUAGUGACAGAGUUCAUCCUGACGGGAAUUCCCUACCCACUCAGGCUAAGAACGUUUCUUUUUGUAUUCUUUUUGUUCAUCUACAUGCUGACUCAGCUGGGGAACCUUAUUAUCUUGGUCACUGUCUGGGUAGAUCCCCAGCUCCAUGCCCGUCCCAUGUACAUCUUUCUUGGCGUUCUCUCCGUCAUUGACAUGGGCAUCUCCACCAUCAUUGUUCCUCGCCUCAUGAUGAAUUUUACUUUAGGCGUCAAGCCCAUUCCAUUUGGUGGCUGUGUGUGUCAACUCUAUUUCUAUCACUUCCUGGGCAGCACCCAGUGCUUUCUGUACACACUCAUGGCUUAUGACAGGUAUCUGGCCAUAUGUAAGCCCCUGCGUUACCCUGUGCUUAUGAGUGCAAAACUGAGUGCCUUGCUUGUGACUGGAGCUUGGGUGGCAGGAUCCAUCCAUGGGGCUAUCCAGGCUAUCCUUACCUUCCGCCUGCCCUUCUGUGGACCCAACCAAGUAAAUUACUUCUUCUGUGAUAUCCCUGCUGUUUUGAGACUGGCCUGCGCUGAUACAAAGGUCAACGAAAUGGUGACCUUUGUGGACAUUGGGGUAGUAGUCGCCAGCUGCUUCUCCCUUAUCCUCCUCUCCUAUAUACAGAUCAUUCGUGCCAUCCUGAAAAUCCAAACAGCUGAUGGGAGGCGUCGGGCUUUUUCUACCUGUGGAGCCCAUGUAACUGUGGUCACCGUGUACUAUGUACCCUGUGCCUUUAUCUACCUCAGGCCCGAAACCAACAGCCCCCUUGAUGGGGCAGCUGCCCUAUUCCCCACAGCCAUCACUCCUUUCCUUAACCCCCUCAUCUAUACUCUGCGGAACCAAGAUGUGAAACUGGCGCUGAAGAGAAUGAUACGAGGUCGUGGGAGUCAUACUGAGGUGUGA